AUGUCUGUGUUAACAGCAGUGCCCUGCCUGAUGCCCCUGUACUCACGGCCCCCAGCUACCAGCCCAGGGAGACAGAGGCGCCACACACUGCCAGCUAAUGAGCUCCGCUGCCUCAGCCCCGAGGAUGCUAUCAGUGUUUUCGAGAUAGAGAGAGAAGCAUUUAUUUCAGUCUCUGGAGACUGCCCUCUACAUCUCGAUGAAGUUCGUCAUUUCCUCACUCUGUGCCCAGAGCUUUCCCUAGGCUUGUUUGAACAGGGGAGACUGGUGGCGUUCAUCAUUGGUUCUCUCUGGGAUAAAGAAAAGCUCUCUCAGGAGGCGCUGGUGUUGCAUGUCCCUCACGGUUCCACGGUGCAUAUCCAUGUGCUGGCCGUGCACCGCACCUCCCGCCAGCAGGGGAAGGGGCCCAUUUUGCUCUGGCGCUACCUGCAGUACCUCCGCUGCCUGCCCUAUGUUCACCGGGCAGUACUGAUGUGCGAGGAUUUCCUGGUUUCUUUCUACAGCAAGUGCGGAUUUAAGGAGCUGGGGCCGUCCGCAGUCUCGGUGGGAUCACUGACCUUCGUCGAAAUGGAAUAUGCGGUCCGAGGACAUGCACUAAUGCGCCGGAACAGUGGCUGUUAGAGCCCAUUCCUCAAUGUUGGCGCAGCUUCUACUGGAAACAACGUUCUCGAUUGGAGCUGUUAAUAAAUAAAUAACCUC